AUGACUCCUCAAAAGGUCUACUCACGUUCUGAGCUUGAGAACAUGCGCUUAGAACUUGGACCUAAAGAAAUUUUGAAAAUAUUCUACUCGCCGGGGAUGGCUUUCGAAGCCUUCCCUACCAAUUCUCAACGACAGGACAGCAUUUCGACUACUGGCUUUGACGAACGCCACGACGUGGAAAUACAUGCGGACAUGAUCCGGGCGAAUAUCUACAAUGCGUUCGCUGAUCAACAAGCUACCUAUGGUAUACCAGUCAGAGCAAGGUUCACUCUAUGCCCACAAGCUAAACAGCCGAUUCCUCGAGUUCUUCGAGAUACCCUCGUCGACUAUUUCUACUUGCGCAAAGGCGCCGAAAACCCCCUUAUCAAGCAAUGUCCACACGAUCUGAACCGCUACUUGACGGUUAUGCCUUUCCUUGGCGAGAACAGUGUCAUGGAUGCGCCAGUCAACAGGAACGUGGUGAUUUCUCUUCCAGAAAUGGUGGAAAUUGGCAUGGACGUGGAAAGCAUCUCCGCGACUAUCGGCGACGCUCUCGCCAUGUUCGUCUUCAAGUGUGGGCUUUACUACUUCGGCUAUUUCUGUUUCCGCAUCGUUGCUGAGAACAAGGGUGAUUCACCUGGUCCUGUCACUGUCGGCAUAAUUGUCUCUGAUUCUCCGCGCGACGUGAAGCAGCGACAUGCGGAUACAACCCGUGCAACAGAAGACAUGGUGCGGAUGGCAGAAGCUGUGGAAUUACAAGUACCUUCUCCUAUCGAGUCACCCUACCUUUGGAACAUCUUCAAAACGGCGUUUAUCGCCCGGGGCAAGAGGUACUGCUGUGCCAUUCGCGAUACGACUCCAGAGGGGAUGAUGGAGCUUUUCGAGGAAAUGUAUGGUCGCCCUGAGAGUCAUGAUAAGCUUUGA